CAAAGGCUGAAGCUGCUCCCUUUGCCACAUUAUAACUAGUAGGGGAUCCUCACCGACCAUGGCCACAGCUGCCUCGAAUCCCUACAGCAUUCUCAGUUCCAGCUCUCUGGUCCAUGCGGACUCUGCGGGCAUGCAGCAGGGGAGUCCUUUCCGAAAUCCUCAGAAACUUCUCCAAAGUGAUUACUUGCAGGGAGUUCCUAGCAAUGGGCAUCCCCUCGGGCACCAUUGGGUGACCAGUCUGAGCGAUGGAGGCCCGUGGUCCUCCACACUGGCCACCAGCCCUCUGGACCAGCAGGACGUGAAACCCGGGCGUGAAGACCUACAGCUGGGCGCGAUCAUCCAUCACCGCUCGCCUCACGUCGCCCACCACUCUCCGCACACUAACCACCCCAAUGCCUGGGGGUCGACCCCGGCUUCCAACCCGUCCAUCACGUCCAGCAGCCAACCCCUUAACGUGUACUCGCAGCCGGGCUUCACCGUGAGCGGCAUGCUGGAGCACGGGGGGCUCACCCCACCGCCGGCGUCUGCCACCGCACAGAGCCUACACCCAGUGCUCCGGGAGCCCCCAGACCAUAGCGAUCUAGGCUCUCACCACUGCCAGGACCACUCGGAUGAGGAGACACCAACCUCGGAUGAGUUGGAACAGUUCGCCAAACAGUUCAAACAAAGAAGAAUCAAGUUGGGUUUCACGCAGGCCGACGUGGGGCUGGCACUGGGCACACUGUACGGCAACGUGUUCUCACAAACCACCAUCUGCAGGUUUGAGGCCUUGCAACUGAGCUUCAAGAACAUGUGCAAGCUGAAGCCACUGCUGAACAAGUGGCUGGAGGAGGCUGAUUCGUCCACUGGGAGCCCGACCAGCAUUGACAAGAUCGCAGCGCAGGGCCGCAAGCGCAAGAAGCGAACCUCCAUUGAGGUGAGUGUCAAAGGUGUACUGGAGACGCAUUUCCUCAAGUGUCCCAAGCCUGCCGCACAGGAGAUUUCCUCGCUGGCAGACAGCCUCCAGUUGGAGAAAGAAGUGGUGCGUGUCUGGUUCUGUAACAGAAGACAGAAAGAGAAAAGAAUGACUCCACCAGGGGAUCAGCAGCCACAUGAGGUUUAUUCGCAUACCGUGAAAACAGACACGUCCUGCCAUGAUCUCUGACUGCAGGAAGCCGGCAACCGAUCAGCCGCACGAACUGGGGCAGCGCGGAUUUCUCUUUCUCUCCCACUCCCUUCCUUUCACUCCAGCUUCAUAAUUGCUAUCUUUGUAGCUCUCUCUCUCUCUCUCUCUCUCUCUCUCUCUCUCUCUCUCUCUCUC